AUGUCGGCAGGCCUGCAGGAUAAGCUGUCACCUGGCGCGAUGCACGCGUGCCGCAUCGCCGCAGUGCUGCCGCAGCAGGGCGACCAGCAACUGUUUGCGUCAGUGUUUGCGUCGGGCACCAGCGUGUAUUGGCACAGCGCGCAGGCUGCCGGCUGCAUCAGCGGCCGCGUGGGGAAGGAGGGGGUCGUGAUCCCAGCGCGUGCAGCGGGCACGCCGGCGCAGCGGCUGGGGGAGCUGCGGCACGCGGGCGAGGUGCAGAGCCUGGCCGUGCGGCAGCUGGAGGAAGGCCGCCUCAUGCUCGCAACAGUGGACGCAUACGGCCGCGGCACGCUGUCCCGCAUCGCGAUCGAGCAGCAGCAAGCGGCGCCGACGUCGGCGCUGGCGGACGCAGCCGCGGCGGACGGGGGCGAGCCGCUGCUUCUGCAGCCGGCGGCGGGGGCGAGGGUCGAGGAGGGCGGCUGGGCGGGCGUCGCCUUCAGCCGCGCGGGGCCGCUGGCGCUCGCCGCCGCCCGCGGCUUCGCGCGCGACGUCGCGGUGUACGAGGGCGCGGCGCGCGUGAGGACGCUGCGGGCGUCGGCACAGCCGUACGCGAUAGAGUUCUUGCCAGCAGGCCUGGCCGGCGGCGGCGCGGCCGCGCUGGCGCUGGCAGAGACGCACGUGGUGCGCGCCCCCGGCCCGGCGAGCGGGCCGGCGCUCGGGCUGCGCGCGUCGCGACGCCGGGGAGGCGCGGUGUCGAUCUGGGACGUGCGCGCGGGCGAGCGCGGCGGCUGUGUGCAGCGCGUCGCGGCCGCUGCGCCUGGCAGCCCGCUGUACGCCCUGGGCUGGUGCGAGGCGCAGGGUGGCCUGCUGGGCGCGGCCGGGGCGGAGCGGGCGGUGCAGAUGAUUGACCCACGCAGGUGGCGGUGCACGGACAAGUGGACGGGCGCCACGCGGCAGGCUGUGCACCACAUAUCGUUCCUGGAGUCAAAUCCAUUGUACGUGUGCGCCUCUGGGCUGGACUCGGAAGUGGUCUGUGGCAGCUGGGGCAAGCCACCGCCGCCCGUCGCCGUGCGGCCCUACGGGACCGCGGCGGUGCACGCCGCCGCCACUGCCGCCGCCGCAGAGGCCCCCGCCGCGGCGGCCGCAGCGCCACGCCCGCCUGCGGCUGAUGACGAGGACGGGCCGCGGGCAGGCGGGGGCGCGUUCUCUUUCAGGGGUGACGCGCGGUGGCUCGGGGUGACCAAGGCUGCAGGCGCUGACGUGCUCGCUGGCCUGUCGGCGUCCGGCGCUGUGGUUUAUGCGCAGAUUGCAAGGGGUGCAGCGGCGGGGCAGCCGGAGGGGCCCGGCGCAGCGGCGGGGCAGGCAGGGUGA